AUGGCCGUAUCGCUUGCCUACCCGCCGACAACGAGCAGCCAAUUGUACAACCGACCCCCACGACCUCCUCCAUCGCCCCCAAUGGACGACUCCCGCUGCUCCCUCCCCUCCAUCUCGAACCUCCUGGGUCUCGCGGACGCUGGCUCGCCCACGACAGACCCGUCACCGACAUCCUACCGCGGGUCUCCUAAAUCAGAAGCAUCCUUUUCAUUCUCACAACACGGGCGCAGCAGACGAGAGUCGGGCAACCUGGGAAGCCGUCCGGGCUCCAGGCACUCGGGCGCGUUCCAGCACCACCACCGUCGGGGUCUCCCGCCGACGCCGCCUCUAAGCACGGACAGCGCGUACGACGGCUACAGCUCGCCGUCAAGCCAGGCGAGGGGGCACUUCCCGUUCGAUUCCAGCAGCUCCUCCUCUUCGAGUCGCUUCCACGAGACGACGCCGCCGCUGGAGCAGCAGACGGAGCUCCGACAGCAACUGCAGGCCGCCGCGUCCCGCGCACCACGGCUAUCCAUCCCCGUGCCACCGCAACGAUUCGCCUCCGGGCAUCCUCAGCACGCCGCCGCCGCCGCCGCCGCCGCCGCGCCGCCGGGCUACUACGGCGUCCCCGCCGGGCACCACGCCCUGGGACAGCAGCCCGUCCCUCAUCACCACUACGCCGCCCAGCACCACCACCACCACCACCAGCAGGCGCUCCCGCAGUCCUUCCCGCCAACGGCCGAGGGCCAGCAGCUGUGGCAGCACCACCACUACCUGCACCCGUCGCAGAGCAGCGUGUACCCGCAGAGCCAGGACAAGUACCUGUGCCCGACGUGCAACAAGGCCUUCAGCCGGCCGAGCAGCCUACGCAUCCACAGCCACUCGCACACGGGCGAGAAGCCGUACAAGUGCGCGCAUCCCGGCUGCGGCAAGGCCUUUAGCGUGCGCAGCAACAUGAAGCGUCACGAGCGAGGCUGCCACUCGGCCAGCGCCGCCCUGGGGAGUCGAGCAAUGGUCUGA